CCGAACGAUUGAUUUCAGCAUCUCAAGAGAAAUUGGCUAGAUGAAGGCAGCGCCCGUUUGUCGCACGACAGAGGAGUCAUACGUCUUCCUGGUCGGCGGUACAUGGAUAUGUUCCGCCCUCAAAGAACGCUCUCUGUCUGGAGGAACAGAGUGUCCACUGUAAGCUGCCACUGUGAGGGGGAUAGAGGAUCCCAUUCAGUCAUUGAUUUAGCCUGGAUACUGAUGCCCGUCAGUGACCGUUCUUAUCGGAGGGAUGGUCAUGUUCGGGGGCAUGGGUUCGGAUGCCGAUCUGGGAGGGAAGAAGGAGAUGUCUUCAAAGACAAGAUGAUUGGCGCUGAUUGA